UUGGCUCUAGGCCUCUAGCAUUUGUUCAUGGCUGGUGUGGCAUCAGAAUGCGCGAAUAAUGAAGACAAGGACAGGAUCAGCACCUUAGCUGACGGAAUUCUCACUCACAUAGUCUCUUUACUUCCAACCAAAGAUGCAGUUAUGACUAGCCUUUUGUCCAGGAGAUGGAGAUCUGCUUGGACUUGUGUGACUAAUGUUGAACUUGAUGAUUCCAAGGUGUCUAAUUUCGAGAUGUUUGCAGAGAGAGUUAUGAGUGUACAUGAUGCCAGAAUAAAGAAGUUUACCCUACGUUGUAACGAUUGGCAUAAUUCACAGUUGAUCCAUCAGUGGAUUUCUACUGCAGUUAUGCGCAAUGUUGCAGAACUUGACAUCAGUUUAGUCACAUUUGAAAUGAUCAACUUGCCUGAUUGCGUUUACACUUGUGAAAGCCUUGAAGUUCUAAAGUUAGCAGGAUGGUUCGCUUUGGAGGUUCCUGAUAGUAAGGUGGUGUCUCUUAAGCGUCUCAAGUUCCUCUCCUUCAGUUGGCUGCAGAUUAAAGAUGAUAGUUACAUGACAUUACUCUUAUCUGGCUGUCCUGUCAUUGAAGAAAUCCACAUUUACAAAUCAAUGUGGGAAGGUUUAUCAACAUUCUCUGUUUGCUCACCGUCAUUACAACGUUUAUCGGUGGACAUAGAGGGGAGACAGGUUGCUUCGAAGCACUGCACUUUUGUCCUUGAUGUUCCCAACCUGAAAUACCUUGCACUCCUAAAUGAUGUGAUGGCUUUAAGUGAAAACUACUUUGAAGAACAAGCAUCCUCAAUAGUUUCAGCACGCCUUCAAGUUGGGAAUUGGGUUUCACCUGUACCUGUAAUUGUUAAGCUUCUCAAUCGCAUUUCUAGUACUAUAAAUGAUCUGUGGAUAUCAUACUCUACUCUAGAGCCAAUUGGUAGAGCCAAUGAUUAUGCGCAACUAGCUGCGUUUAAUAACCUGGAGUAUUUGAAGUUGGAGGUAGAAUCUUUUGCAGCAUCUCAUUACUGGUCCGUUGUGCAUCACUUACUCCAACUUUCACCCAAUUUAAAACUGCUAGUCCUUACAGCAAAGGGAUUUGCAAGCUUUGCCGAGUGGCAUCAACCAGAUGAUGUUGCCGAGUGUUUGUUGUCAAAUCUUGUGACCCUUAAAGUACAAGGAGUUGAUGGUGAGGAUAGAGUGAUGGAACUGAUAGAGUACUACUUGAGGAAUGCAAUGGUGUUGAACCAGAUGUAUAUUUCUUCCCGUGUCUUACCAGAAGUGGGAAACGAUCAAAUUCAAGAGAGAUUGUCAGCGUUUGCAUGGGGCUCGAGCACUUGUCAACUUACAAUUUCUUGACAUUGUGUUGCUUCUAUUUCUUCACCAAAGACAGAUUCUGUUGGUUCAGUAUUGGGUUGUUCUCCGCUUGAAUGGUGUUUGAAUUCCUGUUUGAGUCCAAGGA